GUCGCACCAAAAUUUCAAACCUCAAGACCAGCCUAUCUCACUGAUAAUCCACCACUCCACCACCAUGCCUACAUACAUCGCUAUGCUAGGACCUGUCAUCGGUCUCAAUCUCUGGACCUUCGGCAUGGAAGCAUGGAUGUACGCCCUUCGUCUGCCUGCCAUAGGCAACUCCGGACUCAAAUUCACGCCUGAGUCGACCAAAGAAGACUUGAAGAAACUUCCUCCUCGCGUCCAAUGGCCUGCAGAUAAUUACAACCAUCUCUUCGAACAGCCAACUCAAUUCUACGCCGUUGCGCUUACUCUCGCUCUCCUUGGGAGAGACACUGGCGUCAGUGAUCUCGAUGUCAAGCUUGCGUGGACCUAUGUUGGUGUCAGAAUGGUACACAGCGUUGUCCAGUCUGUGGCCAACCCGAUUCCGAUCCGUUUCAGUUUGUUCGCGCUCUCUGGUGCUGUUCUAGCUGGACUGACCGCGAGGACGGCUUUGACAGUUUUCGACAUCGCCUUCUAAUUGUUCGGAGAUUGGGUAAAAGUGGCUCGUAGCAGGGGUUGGGUUUCAAAUACUAAUGUCUGUAGAGCUCCUGAGAUGGAAAGUUUCACAAGACGCAUUGAAAUGCAGUUAUGUGGUUCAGACGGUUACAGCGAUAUGUCGGACCUCA